GUCACAUGAGAACACACCCUUCAGCAGAUUACUGGUGCACCUGUGUCUCAGGUGUCAGAAGACAGUGAUAGUUAAACACCAGCUCUUCACAGCACCUGAAGGAUCCUAACAAGAUUUGCGAAUUCAACACAAAGCCCUCUCAUCCCAUGAGAAUCAUCACAUUAUGAGAUCACGUGGUCUGUUCCUCCUGGUUUACCUACUGGGAAGCUGGUUUGGGACAUCAAGUGCACAAAGUCAUGGAAACAACAAUGCAACCUGCACUUCAAGAGAAACAUGUGGUCAGCAGCCAGAUCCGACCUCUCACUUUCUCCAGUGUGUGGGACUGCCAUUGAAUGACACGGGGAGAGGCCACAUGCGGAGGCUGAAAGAAAUGCUUGAAGCGACGAUGGAUGUGUACACCUCCGUGAGGUCCAGCAUGACAGGAGGGCCACUUCUUAGCAUGCAGGGGGAGCUGGCAUUUAACCCCGAAGCAGACCCCCUCCAGAAUGAAGCCCUGGUCCAGAUGUGGAUGGAGGUCAGGAUAAACCCGCUGCUGAAAUCUGUUACCAAACACUUCCUGACCUGCCUCAGCACCAAGACAUUCAGCUGCCGCACCUACCAGACGAUGGUGAGGGAGCUCAGCAACCAUUAUUCUGAGAUGGAUCCCAUCAGACAAAAGUGGAUCUACACAUUCUUCAUGUUCCCCUUUCUGUCAGGAGACAGAGUAGCUGGUUGUGUGAACCCACAGGAGAGCAGUGAAGAGUGGUUGAUGAGGAAUUUUGGUGCCUUCAGGGUCAUGGCCCGAAUGAAUGACUUUUCAGCACUCAACGUGGUCUUCAGUGGAUUGGAGGUUCUUCACCUACUGACUCCAGCGCAGAAGGCCGAGUUGCUGCUGACGCCAGAGGUUGCAGGUUUAGACAACAGCACCCUAAGCCUGGUCUUUCACAGUUUGUUGACAGGGGGCCCUGGCCAUCCCCCCACCAUCAGCCCUGGAGGGGGCUACAACUGGACGAGCCCUGGAGGGGACUAUAACUGGACGACCCCAGGAGGGGGCUACAACUUGACGACCCCUGGAAGGGGGCACCACUUGACAACCCCUGGAGAGGGGCACCACUUGACAACCCCUGGAGAGGGGCACCACUUGACGACCCCUGGAGGCGGCUACAACUUGACACCCCCUGGAUACACGUCAACCUACCCUCCACAUCCCACAUUUGACCCAUACGCACCAAUGUCCCCACACAACAACUUAGGACAGGUUGCGCAUGGUUUUAUGACGGCUUUCAGACCCCUUGGGAGAUUGGUUCAUGAUUUUGUAUCCUUCACACAAGAGAGGGACGUGUCAGAAAUAAGAAGCACAACUCUCACUCAGUUCCUGCUCAACUGGACUCUGGCUGAACUGGCAGACAUGUAUCGACCACAAGAACCACCUACAGUUCCACAGGAACCACAGUUUGACGUGACCAAUGUGGACGAUUGGUUCCAGCAUGUUGUGAUGCCAGUGUUGCAGAGGCUCCUGCCAGAUGGCGAGUCUGUGCUGCCUCCAAACAUCACAAUGGCCUUCCACCAUGUGUUCUAUCUGGACCAUGGUAUGGACAACGAUGAAACCUCUAUAAUCCAGGACGUCUGUAGCAUCAGUCUUGACAGGCGACCUUGUGGCCUGACAGAUGCAGUGGAAAAUAUGGCGAAUGUUUUGCACUGUGCUGCUCAGAGCAACCUGGAAAUGUCUGAGGAAACUAUCAUGAGAUUGAUUGGAGAGCUGACAGAACGUCUGCAGUUACUGAUGAAAGAGUUGUCCACAGCUAACUUCAGAGAGUUGAUGUCCGACUUUCAGCAGAUCUUUGGCGAGGCGGACUCUCCAUCUCUGACCCAGGAACACCUGGAUGACCCGGACUUCAUUAGGCUCUGGUUUCACAUCAAGCUGAUGCCCCUCCUGUCCAACCCACCCACAGACAUCCUGUCCUGCCUCAGCACCAAGAACUUCUCCUGCCCAGUUUUCCAAACCAUUGUGGCAGGACUCAGCAAUUACACAAAUAUUCAUCAUCCUAAUAACAUCUAUGACUCGUUCAUCUAUCCCUUCCUGCUGCAUCACAACACCUCUGACCCACGGUGUAUCUUCUCAGCCAAUGACAGUGCAGAAUGGCUGACAAAAAACUUUGGUGUCUUCGCGAGAGUUCCCUCCAUCACUGACUUCUACAGGCUCAACCCAGACUUUUCUGGACUGGAAGUUCUUCACCUCUUGUCUCCAAGGCAAAUAGCAGAGAUGCUGCUGUUGCCUCUUCCUACUCCACCUGAGAAAGACGUUGUUAUCAACCAAAUAUUUGACUUCCUAUUGGAGUCUCCUAGAGAGAGGGGACUUCUGGAAGUCCUGGGAGAACUGGCCUAUCUCGCCCAUGGGGUCACCAUAAACUGCAGUGUCUACAACCAGAUUUCUGAAAGAUUCUUCAGAGCCCUACCAAAUCUGCCAUUAGACCUGGAACCAGUCAUCUGGCAUAUUUUUAAUGAACUGACAUACUUUACACCAGAAGAGUGUGUGCUGAAGAGCUUAACGUGCCCAGUAACCCAGUACAAUGCUACCAACAUCUGCAGAGGAGUUAACAGCUCUGACCUGCACUCCAUCUUGAACUCAUCAAUGGAAGUCCCCUGCAGCUUUCCCUUGGAGACAUAUGCAUGUGCACAGCCGGAGAACUUCACAGCCAAUCAGCUGGUGUCUCUUCUGCAGUGCCAUCUGCCUGGAGGCAGUAGGCACUCCAAAAGGUUGUGGAAGAUGCUCCUGACGAAGCUAUCCUUUGUCUUAGACCCAGCUCUGGACAUUUUAGCAAACAUGUCCUUUGUUAUUCCAUCUGGGUCUGUGGUUUUGGAUGUGAUUGGAGAGAUCAGAGUGUCAGUAUGGACUGAGGAGCAGUUGAUGAACAGCAGUGUCAUAAGAGAGUGGUUCUCCGGCCGUCUGAGUGGUCUCCUUCCAUCUGCAUCACCAGUUUUUCUGCGCUGUCUGAGCAGCAGGAACCUCAGCUGUCAUGCAUACCAGCAAAUACUUCGGGAAUUUUUCCCCCUCUUUGAUUAUGAGGCCAACUAUCUUCAAAAGUAUGAGGUCCUCAGAAAUUUCGUCCUCCGUUUCCUGUCGCAGCCACACUCAGGUCCAGGCUGUGUGUCUUUCUCCAACAACAGCGCAGAGUGGCUGAUGAAGAAUCUGGGUCCGUUUUCACAGUUUUUGUCCCUCCAAGAAGUGCUUCAGCUCAACCCCGACUUUAACCCUCUAGAGGUCCUACAACUUCUGACUCCAGAGCAGACUGCAGAGCUACUCGUAUUGAAUUAUCCUAACUCUCCAGAGAAAGACGUCAUAAUAGAUAUGAUCUUUGAUCACCUGACUAACUCUCCUGAUGAGAUGAACCUUCAGCGCUUCCUACUUGCCCUCUGGGCAAUCCAUAACCAGGGAAACCUUUCCUGCUCAUCAUACAAAACACUGUUUACCAGAAUGGAUUCGAUCAUGCCUACAGUUUCUCUUCAAACAGCAUCAAUCAUUGCAUACACUAAGAUGGAGUUAUCCAGAUACAUACCACCAGGUUGCAUCAUAUACAGCGGAGAGUGCAAUGUUACCAUGACAAACGAAACAGACAUUUGUGUUGGAGUGAACAGCACAAUGCUGCAGCUCCGCCUCCACAAUGGACAGAUGAACGGAAGUUUCUGUGACUUUACUGUCGAGGAAUUUGCUUGUGCUUCGUUGACAGCACUGACAGCAGAACAUCUGGCGGCGAUACUGGCAUGCAAUCGCUCCUCCAACUCCAGCAGCUCAAGACCCGUCUGGAAGCUUCUCCUCUCCAAAGCCUCCCAUGUUCUGGACGAAGCUCUGGAUCUUCUAACCAACAUGACUCUUGACCCCAGAAAUCCGGCAGUGUCAAUGAUUUUGGAAUCUAUACGAGAAAUCCGUCUGGACACAUUUAGCAUAACCAGCCUCAACGAUCCCGCUGUCAUCCGGCUGUGGUUCAAACACCGGCUUCGCCCAUUCCUGCCAGCUGUUACGCCCGAGUUCCUCUCAUGUCUCACCACAAAGAGAUUGAACUGCAACACCUACCAGCACAUGGUGCAGAUUUUGAGCCAUCUCCAGCCGCACAUGACACUCAAAAGGCAGAUUUCUGUCUACACACACUUCAUCAUGGUUUUCCUGACCAGGAGUAACACCACAGACUCCAGCUGCAGCUCAAACGUUAACAACAGUGGAGAAUGGCUGCAGAGGAACUUGGGAGGUUUCUCUGUCCUUGUGUCCUUCCAGGAUCUUGAGAUGCUCUACUCCAACUUUUCAGCGAUGGAAGCUUUGCCACAGCUUACAGUCAGACAGCUGGCAGAGGUGUCCUCCACACCUGGCCAGCUCACCUCUGCUGCCCAGGUUCGCAUGGUGAUGAGACACAUCCCCGACAAAUACCUCCCUGCCUUCUUUGAUGACUUCUCACCUGCUAUUAUGAAUCAUGAAAGCAUGUUCCCCUCUUCAGUGAGGUCAGCCAUGUUGCAAGUUGUGUUUGACCGGGCAAACCUCUCAGAUCACUCAGUGGGAGAUUCAGUUGUGUCGCUGUGGCUUCGGAACCGACUGCGCCCCCUGCUGGUCAACCUGUCGCCGCAGCAUGUUGCACCUUUCUUCGCAAUACUGGUGGGAAGAAACUGCAGUAUUGAGCAGCAGGCAGUCGGAGACCUGAAUUCAACAAUCUCCUCUCUGGCCGAAGAUACACAGACAGAAAUCCACAACCACAUCGUUCAAUCUCUCAGAGGACCUAUACCUCUCCACUGCUACAGCAACCACAGUUUCUACAGUUUCCUGGAGCGCUCAUUCAUGGGAUUCCAGUUCCCCAACCUGACCACCUUCCUGUCCCUCAUGCCUCAUGACAGGAUGCAUCAGCUGGUGAACUCCAUCCCUCCAUCAGCUCUUGGAGAUUUUCUCAGUCGCCCUGAUGUUGUCGAUAACGAUGCAGAGCUGUGUGUAAUCUACAACAACUACGUGGAGACACCGAUGUUCCUAGAAACCGAGUCUCUACCGGUGGUGGUGCGGCGGCCCACACUGCCUUGCGUUUGGCCUAUUGCGCUCAGCAGCACCGAGAGUUCAGAGGUUGAUGCCUGGUUUGACCGACGCCUCCCCAACUACUUGGAUUUCCUCACAAAGAGUCUGAUCAGCACCAGCCACACACACAACGCCACUUGCCCAGCAUUCCAAAAGCUCGUUUCAGUUCUUGGUGAAUACAACUACACUGUCGCAGACUUCAUGAGACGAGAUGUGUUCGACACCAUCAGAGCCUACCUCACCUCAGCGACGGAGGCAAGGUGUUACAACUCCAGUGAUCCAGAACUAAACUCCACAGCCUGGUUUGCUGAGUACAUCGGCCCAUUCAUGCCUUUCCUCACUCUGGAUGAUCUUCUUAUGUUUGGACCUGAGCAGGAUAUCCAGGUGUUCACAGUGAACCCUCUGAACAUCGCCCUCUUCAACCACUCUGCUUUACCUCUCAACCUCACCGAAUACUACACCGUGCUCCUUUAUCAACAGGACAGCAACUUCAACCCCUUACUACUUCCUCUGUUGAUGCGGUGUGACGCUCCCGGUCCAGCUUUCAGCCAGCUGACAAAAGAUGAAAGUAUGGUAGUUCUGCACAACCUGACCACUCUCUGUACAGAUCUGGACCCACAGGUUUCUUCAGCUUUGGCGGGUAACCUUGGUGACAGCAUUAAUGCUGAGGCCAUUUCUGCCCUUGGUAAUGAAAGUACCGGCUUGUCUACUGGUCAGAUCAAGACAAUAAAGCCUCAGGACCUGCUUAAUGCCCUCACCACUCUCAGCAUUGUGAUGGGCUGGAAUGAAGGUCAAGCCAAGGCCAUUGUCCAGUCUCUGAUGUCUUCAGGGGGUUUGGAGAUCAACAGCACGGCAACCUUGUUCAUGCUGGGCUCCCUUGUUGUGGGUGUACCUGCGAAAACAUUUACCGGCAUCAGUGGCUCUGAGCUGAUUACUGCAUCCAAAGAUGCUUCAUUUCUGGAACACAUAACAACUGCUCCACAGAUCGUCCAGCAAACUUUUGUUACUCAGAUCAUAUCGGUGAACAGCAGCAGUGAGGUGAUCAUACAGAACGUUCCAGAUGAAAUGGCCACUCAGAUCCCUCGUGCUCUGCUGCUGGGCCUCUCAAAUAAGGGCAGCGUUAUCGGCGAACUUAACAAGAAGAAAUGGAAACGGCAGCAGGUUGAGUUGUUCUUUGAGGUAAUAGCUGUAGAAUCUGCAACCGCAACAAUUGGGAGUCCAAACAGUUUGUCAUCCUCUGUGCUGCAAGGGUUCACGUGCACUGGAGUAAGGUCUAUUCAAACAGUGCAGAUCAAGAGGCUGAUUAAAGCCUGUCGGAGAACGGGCAGCAACAAAGUCAGACUGGUGGAGACCCAGUUGACCUGCAUGUUCAACUACAUUAAAGGAGACCCAGAUGCCAUCAACUUCAACCUCUAUCCUCACGAUAUGCUGCUGUACUAUGAUUACUCUCUGGUGCCACAGGCCAACUGCAGGUCCUAUUUUCAACAGCUGGCAGAAGCAGACUUCUCUGUUUUCUCCUCUGAUCUCAGCUACAUACGGGUUAAUCUGUUUACUAAUGCACGGAGUUGCCUGGGCAUAACGACCACGAGUUUGACUGAGGAUAAUGUAUCAGUCCUGGGAAACAUGUGCUGCACUUUGGAUUCGUCCUACAUCGAGAACUCUGACCCAUCCAUUCUGGAAAAAUUCAAAAACUGCCAGGAUCUCACCAGUGCUCAAGCAGCAGCUGCUGAAGCUCUGCUGCAGAGCGGGACAACACAGUACGGAGCUCCGUCAACAUGGGACGAAAAUACACUGAAGGACCUUGGGAUGUUACCGCUGUAUUUGACUUCGAGCUUCUAUGAUAACUUUGAAAAAAGAACAAAGCGGAGAUUCUUGAGGUAUUUCCUCAGAGUUCUUAGGAGCCAAGGAGUGAGCAGACAGAAGAAGAGGAAUCUGAAGAGACAAAUAAGAAAGUCCAUUAGAAAGAAGUCAAAGCGAUCCAUCGAAAAGGAGUGCACUGUAGGAAUAAUCACCCAGGUGACCAUCAGCGAUGAAACGUUCCCUUUCGACUAUGAUGACAUAACCCAGUUCAACUGCUGCCUCAGCGCCUCAACCGUUAAAGACAACUUGGAUGCCAUCACCCAAAAGGUGGACCAGGAAGAAUACCUCCAGAUUGUUCUCAGCAAGUUGCGAGAGGCUUAUGCUGCCAGCUCUGUCAUCCCAGAGGAUCAGGUUCAACUUUUAGGCCCAGCAUCCCGUGUGGCUACCACUGAUGACAUCAACACGUGGACUAUCACUCAGAUCGACACACUCUCUGCGUUGAUGGACUCGUCUAACGGAGAGUGGGACCCGACCCUGGCUGCGGCCGUCAUCACAAAGUAUCUGAGCAACGAAGGAAACACACUGGGCAAAGCUGAGCUCAAUGCAAUCGGAGGAACCAACCUGUGCUCCCUGGACACCAACGUUUUGAAUACCAUCUCCCCAGAAAGCCUCAAAGAAGCUGACGCCCUGACAGUGUCUAACUGCACCGAGGAGAAAAAGAAAGCACUGUUCGAGAUCGCCAAACAAGCAUUUCCCACAGACACCCGCUCCCGCUCAACUGCCCUUGUUCCUGUCUCCACUUACCAGCUCAUACAACCUUACCUUGGUGGCGCAGACUUAGCGUAUGUCCAAAAUUUGGCAGCCUCCAAUAUCAGCAUGGACAUGGCUACCUUUACCAGUCUCAUUGAGAACGUUUUACUGACCCUGACUGUUGAUGAAGUUCGAGAUCUUCUUGGCACCAACCUGCCAGAUUUAAAGUCCUAUGAAAACCAAACUGUGAUACAGACCUGGACCAGCAGACAGCUACAGAGCGACCUUGACAGACUGGGAGUGGGGAUUACAGGGGGGGGCAGUGCUGGCUCAACACCCUCCUCUGUGACCACCCCCAACUCUGUGACCACCGCCGCUGGCUCUGCAACCACCCCCAACUCUGUGACCACCGCCGCUGGCUCUGCAACCACCCCCAACUCUGUGACCACCGCCGCCGGCUCUGGAACCACCCCCAACUCUGUGACCACCACCGCCGGCUCUGGAACCACCCCCAACUCUGUGACCACCGCCGCCGGCUCUGGAACCACCCGCAACUCUGUGACCACCGCCGCUGGCUCGCUCUGGAACCACCCGCAACUCUGUGACCACCGCCGCUGGCUCUGGAACCACCCGCAACUCUGUGACCACCGCCGCCGGCUCUGGAACCACCCGCAACUCUGUGACCACCGCCGCCGGCUCUGGAACCACCCCCAACUCUGUGACCACCGCCGCUGGCUCUGCAACCACCCCCAACUCUGUGACCACCGCCGCUGGCUCUGCAACCACCCCCAACUCUGUGACCACCACCGCUGGCUCUGCAACCACCCCCAACUCUGUGACCACUACUGCCUCCCCAACCACCUCCAACUCCAUGACUACUACCAGCUCUCCAACCACUGCCAGCCCUGCUGCCCCCAACCCCUCAACAACAAACACCACUUCAGGUAACAAUGGCAUCCAAGCAGACGCUGGCCUCUCCUUCCUCGCUCUCCUCACGCUCCUCAUCACUUCUCUUGUAUGAAGAAACGUGUGGCUGAUUAUUGUAACUGAUGAAUAUAUAUCACAGAAGGAAAUACUGUAGCUACAUGCUACGUUGCAUUGCUUACUACGAAGAAAAUGUUUAAUGUGCAAUAACAAUAUAGCAGAUUUAAAAUAAUGUAUUCUUUUAAACUGAUUCUUCUGUAGUGUGUAUGUUUGCUCUGAAACUUUUUCAUACUUUAUUUUAGACUCAUAUAUUUACUUGAUUUUGUGUUUUUUUUCUUUGAUAAAAAGGUUUAACAAAAAAAUGAAGGUGACAGUUUCUGCUGUAUUUGUGUAGCUGUAAUCCUGUGUUACUUUGAGGUAGCACUUAUUUUAGGCAGGCCUACCCUGAAAAUUAAUUACAUGCCUGAAGCUGAAUGAGAUUAAUAAUAAAUGCAUAUUGUACAUGA